AUGUUGGCCUUCAACCCGCUUGUCACAGCGCUUGCCGCUCUCAUUUUCCUCUUCUGUCAAGCAAAUGCCAAUCCGCCGCUUAUGCAGAGGCUCGUCCAUGAGUACCAAUGGAAGACCAAGCAGGGCCUACCUAGGCAAGGUGCUUGCACCCCCCAUAACCUUGCGGUUCGCAGAGAGUGGAGCACCCUGGAUGUCGAGACCCGGCUUGAAUACAUCGAAGCGGUCAAAUGCCUGGCCCGCUUACCCUCCAUCAUUGAUCCUGAGCUGGCUCCAGGUGCGCGGUCCCGGUUCGAUGACUUCCAGGCCACCCACAUCCGCCACACCAGGACCAUCCACGCUACAGGGUCCUUCUUCGCCUGGCACCGCCAUUUCGUCUACCUGUAUGAAAAGGCGCUGCGCGAGGAAUGCGGAUACACGGGGUACCAGCCCUACUGGGAAUGGUCCCACUGGGCUAAUCUCCCCAUCACGGCCAACCCCCUCUAUGACGGCUCCAACGCGUCUCUUUCAGGCAACGGAGUGUAUAUUCCCAACCGCAACGGCACCCUCCAGCUUUUCCCAAUUCCCAACCCGUCUCCCGAUACCGCUAUCUAUACUCCUCCCGGAACCGGCGGUGGAUAUAUCUACGACGGCCCCCUUGUCGACUGGGAGCUUCACCUCGGGCCCGUCCUCUAUUCGUACGAUAACGGCCAAUACAUCCCUCCAAACCCACGUCCGGACGGAUUGGGAUACAACCCACGUCCCCUAAUCAGAGACUUCAAUAACACCCUCCUCCAGCAAGGCGCCUCCUGGGACAUCAUCCUCAACAUGCUCGUCAACGUGACCGACAUGCAUGAAUUCCAUCCUUUAUUCUUCCAAGGCCCGCAUCUGGCCGGUCAUAUCUUCAUAUCGGGCGUCGACAAUGAUAUUUUCACUUCGCCUGGGGAUCCGCUAUUCUGGUUCCACCACGCCCAGGUCGACCGCAUCUGGACCAUCUGGCAGGCCUUGGACCUGGAGACGAGGGAGUAUGCCCUGGACGGCACGCUAACGCUACUGAACUGUAAGAACCUACCUUUCCGCCGGAUUUUAGCAGGCGAGCUGACAGUCUGCGAUGAUAGUACCGCCCAGCCGUAA